GGUUAGUUUGACCAGGAGUGUUUGCUCAGAGACCGGCUGUGCGCGUGGACGACCUGAGCCUUCUUCUGGUCGCUGGUGCCUGGCAUUUACUGCACUCUGGCCUUGAGGCUGGACACGAGUCUGACUCCUAGUAAAAACGACACAGCUCCCUUGACAAAGUCAGCUGUUUAUGAUAGAGACUGCACAUUUUUUCCGUUUAUAGGCACCGACCAAUGCUACCUGGAAAUUACAGCCCCAAAAAACCCACCAAAACUUUUUUCUGCCAGGAGCCGAACACAAGGCAUUCUACCCAUCAUGACGCAGUAACUGUUGAGCCUUUAUAUGAAAACGGCACCUUAUGUUCCCAAAAAGCUGUGCUCAUUGCUGAAUCUUCCCAACCGAUACGCCUCAGCAGUAUUAUUCUUGCUCGAGAGAUAGUUUUUGGGUUCAUCAUAGUGACUGACCAUGAACUGCGCUGCGAUGUUAAGGUUGAUGUGAUUCAUAGCAUUGAAAUUAUAUCUCGAACCCGGGAGCUCUAUGUAGAUGAUUCACCGCUGGAACUGAUGGUGAGGGCAUUGGAUGAGGAAGGAAAUACUUUUAGUAGUUUGGCAGGGAUGAUGUUUGAGUGGAGCGUUGCCCAGGAUAAAGAAUCAGCAAGAGGAGAAUUGUCUAGCAAAAUUAGGAUUCUGAAAUACUCUGAAGCAGAAUACUCUCCCCCAGUGUAUAUAGCUGAGAUGGAAAAAGAAGAGAAACAAGGAGAUAUGAUUUUGGUGUCUGGGAUCAGAACUGGUGCUGCUGUUGUAAAAGUUCGAAUUUAUGAACCAUUCUACAAGAACGUGGCAGCAGCAUUGAUACGUCUGCUGGUUUUGGAGAAUAUAUUUCUUAUACCAUCCCAUGAUAUUUAUCUCUUAGUAGGAGCAUAUAUUAAAUACCGAGUUGCAAAAAUGGUGCAGGGAAGAAUGACAGAGGUGGAGUUCCCUUUAGAACACUACACACUGGAAAUGCAAGACCACAGAAUUGCAUUUAAUGGGUCUCUUUCCGGGAAGGUGGCAUUACUGGAUGAGAAGACAGCCACAGUGACUGCUGUCCAACUGGGCCAAACUAACCUUGUCUUUGUCCAUAAAAAUGUCCAUAUGAGAUCCGUGUCUGGACUCCCAAAUUGCACCAUAUAUGUUGUAGAGCCUGGAUUUUUAGAUUUCACAGUCCAACCUGGAGACCGGUGGAGUCUAGAGGUGGGACAGGUGUAUGUCAUUACAGUAGAAGUGUUUGAUAAAAGCAGCACGAAGGUCUAUAUUUCAGAUAAUCUCAGGAUUAUGUUCCAGUUCCUACAGGAGUACUUUGAAGAGCGGCUCACUACGGUGAAUGGAUCUUAUCAUGUGGUAAAAGCCCUGAAAAGUGGUGUCGUGCUGAUAAAUGCAUCCCUGACUUCUAUCAUUUACCAGAAUAAAAAUAUUCAGCUUAUAAAAUUUCCAAUUGUACAUCAGCAAGAAGUGAAGAUUUAUUUUCCUAUCAAGCUUACACCCAACUUUCUGGCAUUUCCUCAUCAUCCUAUGGGAAUAUUAUAUCGUUAUAAAGUACAGGUAGAGGGUGGCAGUGGCAACUUCACUUGGACCUCUUCUAAUGAAACAGUGGCUGUGGUGACCACCAAAGGAGUAGUGACUGCAGGCCAGGUCAGGGGGAACAGUACUGUUUUGGCCCGAGAUGUACAAAAUCCCUUUCGAUAUGGAGAAAUUAAGAUAUAUGUCCUGAAACUGAACAAAAUGGAACUGUUACCAUUUCAUGCUGAUGUGGAGAUUGGCCAGAUUAUAGAAAUCCCCAUUGCAAUGUAUCAUGUAAAUAAGGAGACCAAAGAAGUCAUCGUGUUCACAGACUGCUCUCAUUUAUUGUUGCAUCUGAACAUGGAUAAGCAAGGGGUCUUUACUCUUCUCAAGGAAGGUAUUCAAAGACCUGGACCAACGCACUGUUCUAGUACACAUAUAGCAGCCAAAUCUCUAGGCCAUACUCUGGUAACAGUGAGUGUGACUGAGUAUGAAGAGUAUUUGGAGAGCAGUGCCACGUUUGCUGCUUAUGAACCCCUAAAGGCUGUAAACCCUGUGGAAGUGGCGUUGGUGACAUGGCGGUCUGCAAAGGAAAUGGUAUUUGAAGGGGGCCCAUGUCCAUGGAUCUUGGAGCCCUCCCGAUUCUUUUUGGAGUUGAGCAUGGAGAAGACAGAGAAAAUUGAAUUAACACAAGUCCGGCUGCCAGCUAAGCGAAAACAGAACCAGUACAUCUACCGAGUGCUGUGCCUGGAUUUAGGGGAACAAGCUCUGACAUUCCGAAUUGGAAAUCACCCAGGUAUCCUGAACCCUAGUCCAGCUGUGGAGGCUGUGCAGGUACGCUUCAUGUGUGCCCACCCUGCCAGCAUGUCAGUAACCCCAGUGUACAGAGUGCCAGCUGGUGCCCAACCAUGCCCUCUGCCACAGCACAACAAGCAACUGAUUCCUGUGUCAAGCCUGAGGGACACAGUCUUGGAACUGGCAGUGUUUGAUCAGCACAGGAGAAAGUUUGAUAAUUUCAGUUCACUAAUGCUAGAAUGGAAAUCCUCAAAUGAAACACUCGCUUAUUUUGAAGAUUAUAAUUCAGUAGAGAUGGUAGCAAAGGAUGACGGCAGCGGACAGACCCGGCUACAUGGUCAUCAGGUCCUUAAGGUACAUCAGUUAAAAGGGACUGUACUCAUUGGAGUCAAUUUUGUAGGCUAUUCAGAGAAUAAAAGUCCAAAGGAACUUUCCAACUCGCCCAGAUCUGCGGCCGUGGAACUGCUCCUGGUAGAUGAUGUAACUAUACUGCCUGAGAACGCCACCAUCUAUAACCACCCUGAUGUGAAGGAAAUAUUUAGCCUUGUGGAAGGAUCUGGUUAUUUUUUGGUCAACAGCAGUGAGCAGGACAUUGUCACCAUCACUUACAUGGAAGCAGAAAGCUCUGUCCAGUUAGUUCCAGUACAUCCUGGAUUUCUCACCUUGGAGGUCUAUGAUCUGUGCUUAGCUUUCUUGGGUCCAGCAGUGGCCUACCUCAGGGUGUCAGACAUACAGGAGCUGGAGCUUGACCUGAUCGAUAAGGUUGAAAUAGGUAAAACUGUGUUAGUAACUGUGAGGGCUCUCAGCCCUUCCAAACGCCCAUUCCGAAAUAAGUACUUCAGAAACAUGGAGCUUAAACUGCAGUUGGCUUCUGCCAUCGUCACCCUGACGCUCAUGGAGGAGCAGGAUAAAUACUCUGAAAAUUAUAUCCUUCGAGCUGUUGCUAUUGGGCAAACCACACUUGUGGCUGUUGCCAGGGACAAGAUGGGGAGGAAAUUCACAUCAGCCCCUCGCCAGAUUGAGGUGUUUCCUCCAUUCAGACUUGUUCCAGAGAAAAUGACACUGAUUCCAACCAACAUGAUGCAGGUAAUGUCUGAAGGUGGCCCCCAGCCCCAGUCUAUCAUUCACUUCUCCAUCAGCAACCAGACUGUGGCUGUUGUGAAUAGGAGGGGGCAGGUUACAGGGAAGGUAGUUGGCACAGCUGUGGUCCAUGGCACCAUCCAGACAGUAAAUGAAGAUACUGGCAAAGUCAUUGUGUUUUCCCAGGAUGAAGUACACAUUGAGGUGGUUCAGCUACGGGCUGUUAGGAUCCUUGCACCUACCACUCGACUCAUCACAGCGACUGAGAUGCCAGUUUAUGUUCUGGGAGUGACCAGUACACAGACUCCUUUCUCCUUCAGCAAUGCCAACCCCGGACUCACAUUCCAUUGGUCCAUGAGCAAAAGAGAUGUAUUGGAUCUGGUACCCAGGCAUUCGGAGGUUUUCCUACAGCUCCCAGUAGAGAAUAACUUUGCAAUGGUUGUCCACACAAAAGCAGCUGGUCGGACCAGUAUCAAAGUCACUGUCCGCUGUAUGAACAGUUCCUCUGGGCAGCUUGAGGGGGAUUUGUUGGAACUGUCUGAUGAAGUUCAGAUACUGGUGUUUGAAAAACUCCAACUGUUCUUUCCAGAGUGCCAGCCUGAGCGAAUUCUGAUGCCCAUGAAUUCCCAGCUCAGACUGCACACCAACAGAGAAGGGGCCGCCUUUGUGAGUUCCCGUGUUCUCAGGUGCUUCCCUAAUUCAUCUGUCAUCGAGGAGGAUGGUGAAGGGCUUCUGAAAGCCGGUUCCAUUGCAGGCACUGCCGUGUUGGAAGUCACUUCUGUAGAACCUUUUGGAGUCAACCAAACAACCAUAACUGGAGUUCAGGUGGCACCAGUGACAUACCUGCAGAUGAGCAGCCGACCUGUGCUGUACACAGCCCGCGGGAGGACUCUGGCAGCCUUUCCUGUGGGUGUGUCGCUCGCCUUCACUGUCCAGUUUUAUAACAGCAUCGGAGAGAAAUUCCACACACACAACACCCAGCUUCAUCUGGCGCUGAACAGAGAUGAUCUGCUCCUGAUUGGGCCAGGGAGUGGGAACUACACUUACAUGGCUCAGGCUGUGAGCACGGGAGUGACGCUUUUGGGAAUCUGGGACCGGAGGCACCCAGGUGUGGCAGAUUAUGUCCCUGUGGCUGUGGAGCACGCCAUCGAACCAGACACCCAGCACACCUUGGUUGGAGACGUCAUCUGCUUCAGGACUCACCUCCUCAACCAUGACGGUGAACCUGGGAUAUGGAUGAUUUCUGCUGACAACAUUCUGCAGACAGACACUGGCACUGGAGUGGGAGUGGCCAGGAGGCCAGGAGUAGCAACAGUCUUUCAUGACAUCCCAGGAGUGGUGAAAACAUAUCGCGAGGUGGUGGUCAAUGCAUCAUCAAGAUUGACGCUCAGUUAUGACCUCAAGACCUACCUCACCAAUAGCCCCAGUUCAGCAGUGUUUAAGCUUUUCAUCACCACUGGCAGAAAUGGUGCUAAUCUCAAAGGGUCCUGUACCUCCAGUCAGGCCUUGGCCAUUACAACAAUACUUCUUCCUGAGACCCUUGUGGUGUGCCAUGUGCAGUUCAGUAAUACUUUGCUAGACAUUCCAGCAAGCAAAGUCUUCCAUGUCCAUUCAGGUUUCAGCAUGGAAAGAGGUGCUUAUGUCUGCCUGAUCAAGGUCCGACCCCAGUCAGAAGGGCUGCUCCAGGCCCUGAGCGUGGCUGACACCUCAGUCUACGGGUGGGCCACACUGGUCAGUGAACGCAGCAAGAACGGAAUGCAAAGAACCCUCAUUCCUUUCAUCCCAGCCUUUUACGUCAACCAGUCAGAAUUGGUUCUUAGCCACAGACAGGAUGUCGGGGAGAUAAGAGUGCUGGGGGUGGACAGAGUUCUGGAGAAGCUAGAGGUCUUCCCCAGCUCCCCAGUUCUAGUGGUCUCUGGCCACAGGCACUCUUCCCUCACACCUGGCCUGGUGGUCUACCCCGUGAGAGUGGUCAACUUCACCUCCCUCCAGCAGACGUCACCCGUUUUCAUCAACAUUUGCUGUGUGCUCACCAGUCAAAGUGAGGCUGUGGUAGUGAGAGCUCUGAAGGAGAAGUCUGGUGCAGAUCAAUGUGAAGAUUCCAGUGUCCUCCAGAAGUUCCUGGGUUCUCACCAGACCAUCCUCUUUACCCUCUUUGCAGUGCUAGCAUCAACGGCUUUUGUUUUUCUAGGUAAGGACCCCUUACAUUCAGCACCGUGGACUUUUGACUUAAAAAAAAACUGCCUUUAUUUAAUUUCACCAACUAUCGAGAAUAAAAAUCAGCUGCUUAUCAUGUCACUCAUGACAAGCAGUUGCAACUCAUUCAGCCUUCUCAGCGCUAGUCACCUAGCGGAUGGGAGGUCCUGCUCAACUUCCCACCAAGAAGCAGUAAACUGCAUGUGACACACCCGACCCAGAAGUGGAAACCACUGCUGAACCUGGAGAAAACGGCUCGUUUUGCUCAAAUUCUGAGCUAUUCUAGAUGAAA